AUAUAAUGACAACCGGCACUUCAGCUUUCACACACAGUAAAACUUUCAUCAUGACACAGAUAGCUUAUACUUUGUUGGCUUUGAACCUCUGCUUUAUCUUAACAGCUCAAGUAGUAGAGAGUCAACAUGUCCCAAAGACCUGUCAGUGUCCACAAGUCCAAAAAAGAGUCCGGGGGCCAUUUUCAGACUUGAGAAUCACUCCAAAAGGGCCAAGCUGCUUACAGAAUGAAAUCAUAGUCACACCGAAGAAGACCAAUAAACCGGUAUGUCUUAGUCCGGAGGGUCCUCAAGGCAAAAGUCUAAUGAAAUGUUGGAACAGGACGCAAAAGGCUGGCAUAAACCACAAAAUAUGCUUACGGCCAAGGCAAAGAAAGGGGAAGCAGGUUAAAUCUAAGAAGAUCACGUCUUAACCUCACCUAUGUAGGCAAACCAAUUUUACAAGCAAUCUCUAGAAGAGAAAUCUCUUCAAAGUCAGUGCAAAUGCAGUGGUGCUGCUCUACUCUUAUAUGCACCAAACAAGCCAAGAACAUAAGAAAAAGUAGAUUCAGACGUGUGCACAUAUGGAGGGCAAAGGGACAGUAUUUAAAGAAGGCAUGUUACAACAAGGGUAACAUUAAACCUUGUCAUGUUAGACAUGGAUGAGCUAAACCCUGCUAUGCAGGUCUAUACUGGACAGUUGAAGAUGCUAUGUUUAUAUUAAAUGUAUAUAGAGAUUAUGUGAGAACAAAUAUUUUAGUUUACAAUGUAAAAUUAACUAAUAUAAUAAAAUAUGAACUUCCAAAAGGG